AAGCCGUUGGUUCCUCGUGGCUCUACGCUUAGAAAACACUGUGGUGAGAUGAGUUGUUCGUCUAAGAUGGCGAUAUGUUGCGUUUAAUUGUUUAUUGAAAUGGAUUGCAGAAAUGUGAUAAAGGACCGAUCGAAAAGUGAGAAUUUUAGUCAAGCGAAAUCGGUGUUGUGCAAUAGCCAAAUUAAAAAACAGUUCGGUUAAGUCGUAGGAAAUUUCGAACAAAACAAUGCGUGAGUUUAAAGUAGUCGUCCUCGGAUCGGGUGGGGUUGGGAAAAGUGCACUGACUGUACAGUUCGUAUCCGGCUGUUUUAUGGAAAAGUAUGAUCCUACUAUUGAGGAUUUUUAUCGUAAAGAGAUCGAAGUCGAUAACUCACCUUGCGUAUUGGAAAUCUUAGAUACGGCAGGUACAGAGCAAUUUGCCAGUAUGCGCGACCUCUACAUUAAAAAUGGUCAAGGGUUUGUGGUAGUUUAUAGUCUCACAAAUCACCAAACCUUCCAGGAUAUCCGUCCUAUGAAGGAGCUCAUUACGAGAGUUAAAGGUACCGAGCGAGUGCCGAUCCUGCUAGUCGCCAACAAAGUUGAUCUCGAACAUCAACGUGAAGUCGACUUUGAAGAAGGAAAAGCACUGUCCCAACAAUGGGGGUGCCCAUUUAUCGAAGCUAGUGCAAAAAAUAGGACCAACGUGAACGAGGUAUUUGCCGAAAUAGUCAGAGAAAUGAACUUUAGUCCCGAAAAGGAAAAGAAAAGUUACUGCUGUUGUACUGUGCUCUAAGGUGGCCUCAAUUAUUUUUUAUGGGAACAAUGAACGUGUUGCAACAAGCGAUUUGCGUUAACUGUGCUGACUGUCAACUGUUAUGGACUUUGAUUAUGGAUUUUUGUUGUAAAUGCUCAUCUCAAGUAUUCUUCAAUGGCUUAGAUCUGCACAAUAUCUAUAUUUUUAUACAUUGAACAAAAGGAAACCUUUUUCGUAAACAAAUGAUGCAUACAAUAUUACUUACUAGUUUUUUUAAACUGAUCAUAUUUACUGUAAGAACUAGAAUAAUGAUAGUGCCUGAAACCAAAUGAAUCAACCGGGAACUGAUGCAUGGGAUUCUACACACGGCCUAAAUCGUCCCAUGCCACGACUAGCCCUUUCCAAAUUCAACCAGGGGUCCCAACUUUGCCAAACCAACUGAUAUGCAGUUACAUACCAUCAUCAACGGUUCCAUAAAUCAUGUGAGCUCACCUGUAUAUAACAUAAUUUUAUCAGAGAUCUGUGUUUGUAUCAUAAAAAGUUUUCAAUCAAAAAGUGAUGCGUGCUCGGGAAUGUGUGCUUGUAGGACUAAUACAUGUUUUGUAAGUAAUCAAAAUGUUGCCGAUAGAAUGUGUGUUCUGAGAGCCAAAAAGGAUUUGUGAUAUAUACGUAUUAUAAUAAAAAAAAAUA